GAGUCAUUCUGGCUGGUGCCUUGGUCCUUGACACACAUUUGUGCUCAGGUACCAUUUAAUAUUACAUGCAGACUGAAACCCUCACAUGGCUAACCAUGUCUCCUUCCCCCUCCUCCUCUUCAUCAUCUUCUACAGAGUCUCAGCAGGGAGGCAUGUGUCUGUUCAGACAGGAGGCUCCAUCACCAUCCCAUGUAGCUAUGAUCAGUAUUACAUAAACCAUGUGAAGUACUGGUGUAAAGGGACUCAUUGGACUCAUUGCUCCUCUGUAGUACGCACUGACCAUCCUAAGAGCACUGAUAGGGCGUCAAUCUCUGAUGACAUCACCCAGAAAGUCUUCACUGUGAUCAUGACUGAUCUGGAGCCAGACGACUCUAAUACUUACAGGUGUGUUGUGGAGAUCAAUGGAGGAACAGAUAGCAUGAUACAACUGCUCUACCUGUCUGUCACUCCAGAGGCCAAACCCAGAGAGAAGCCAUGA